AUGCUGGAGCCGAAUGGGCAAUCCCAUCAUGGCGUCGAUAAACCACGAGGCUCGAGUGAUCGAGGGCGACGAAGCCCAUCGCCAGGACCUGCGCAGCUUUCGAUACCCAAGAACCGCAGUACCCCGAAUUUCGCACAUGCCGGAACUGAGAAGGCACGAAUACGGUUCUCCUUUGACGCGGGGUUGGCGGCGGCAGAGUACGAUACAAUGUCGAGAUCCCCAGUCAUGACGGAGCACGAACAUGGACUUGGAGCGUCAGGUCUGCGUCGAAUUCGACAACAGCCUCCUAGAGCACCUACCCUCCCCUCCUCCGAAGCCUCAUCUCGAAAUGCAUCCAUUACACCGCGAUCAAGUUCCAUGACGCUCUCGUUUCCGGCAUCUCGGGCAGGCUCCAUUGCGUUGGCUUCUGGUCCUUCGUCGCCAACAUUGAAUUUCACGGAAGAUUUGACAAGAUUUCCAUCCGAGUCUCUACACUCUUUCUCGUUCGCCCACCAAUCUGAAGAAUUCAUACAUAACAGACAGAAUGUCUUGAAGAGAUCUGUGGAGUUUAUGUCCCAGAAACUGGGAUGGGGGAACUCGAAUGCUGGAAUUGCAAGUGCUCAAGCUCGUGUCAGUGGAGAUCAUGAGAUGCAGGGAAUGCUGGAGCUGCUGGCGAGAGCAAAGCUCGUGGGGGCAAACAAUAUCCCAGGGUUUUCUUCUCAGACACAUUUGAUCGGCCCUCUAACUGGGCCAGCUGGUGCUGAAGAGUCCGGAAAUCCAUUCGAGGCUAGUUUUCUACCCCGAUCGGCGAGCCCUGAAGAAUUGCUCGAAGAUCCACUUCCCUCGCCCAGAAGCAGCAGAAAGCCUGCUUUUCCAAGUCCAGAAUUGGAGAAAUCGAGGCAGCAAAGUGAACUGACAGAAGAGGCAAUAACUGUACCUGACUCUGAGCCAUCCUCUCGUACUCCAACGAAUGAGAGCCGAACAACUGCCCAGACUUCUCCCCCAGCGACAAGACGGCAAAGUCUGAAGCGAACAUACACAGACACUGCUCAGUUGACCUUGAAGGCCAAGCUCAUGGAUGCCCUCGCGCAACCCUACCAAGCGAAUGAUAUAAGCGACCACAUGCUAUCCCCCACCGUGCCCCAUUCCGCUAUAGGAUCGUUUGUCGGGACUUCUCAUCCUCUUGGACCUGCCGUACAUGGUCACUCCAGUAGAUGGGCUCCAGCUGCCCAAGCGAUAUUCACUACUUCAAGUACUGCUCCAUACACAAUAUUGGCUGCAAAUGAUCUCGCUUGCCUCGUUUUCGGAGUUACGAAAGCUGAAGUGCGCAAAAUGGGCAUAUUAGAAGUCGUCCAGCAAGAACGAAGAGCUUGGUUAGAAGAUAAACUAGGUGCACCAGGAUCUAGCUCUGAUUCUGGUAGACCUGGCCCCCGCUCGCCGCCCGAAAGCCAGAGUACCCAGACGAGUCCAACCCCAACAACCUCAUUCCUCUUAGGGAGAUCUGGUGGAGUAACUGCAGCGCUUCUUAACAAGCCCAACUCUCGCCAGAAUCCAAAGCCUACUCGAAGGGCACAAACGGAUGAUGGAGCAGGUUCGAGCCUUGUGGCCCGAUCCAAGAACGUCAAGGGAGGCCUGUAUCAUCCCAGUAACAAGUCCAGAGGCGUCUUGCUCUGCGGAGAUGUCGUACCUAUUCAGAAGCGAAAUGGGGCCACUGGAUCUGCCAGUUUGUGGGUCAAAGAGAAGCGUGGUGGGCUGAUAUGGGUGCUUGAGGAGAUUCAUGAGGAUAUUGCUAUUCUGAGCUUAGACGAAGACGCACAGGUCACCAAGAUCACGGGUGCUACUGGACCAAUUUGGGGAGAGAGCAUCACCAGAGUCGGGAUGGAUAUUGGCAAACUGUUACCAAGGAUACCUCGACAAGGAAUCGAUUCCGGCACUGGAGAAAUCGACUAUGCAGAAGUUGCAAAACGGAGAUACUUCUCGGCUCGGAACUCUGGACGAGUGAACAUUCCCUGUAUUAUCGACCGAGUACCUGGCUGCACCGAUCUGAAAGUUUCGAGCUUUCCACAUAUUGCCGGGAUUAUGGUCCUAUCUGCAAAGACAUUAACGAUUACAAGCUCGAAUUCUGUCUUCUCGGCAGCCUUGUUUGGUCAAGAGAAGCCUGAUGGCCGACUUAUCACGGAAUUGAUCCCAGAUUUCGAUCGUAUGCUUAAGAUCUUGAUUGAAGAGGACGGUGUUAUUCUCAGAGAUGGCAUCGUCAUUCCCGAACACAGCUUUCGCCGCGCACGAGCAUUUUUGGCUCUACGGGACGGAAAAUCCGAUGCUGCUUCAUACUUCCUCAGGCCUGACGGACUGCCAGCGAAGCAUAGAGACGGUUCAGAGAUCAAGAUUGAUGCACAAUUAAGGGUUGUCAAAUCCGACUCCAAGCCUCCAGUACCCGCAUAUGAUGAGAAUGUCAUCGAGGAAAGAAGUGACGAAGAAGAAGAUCAUUCUGAGACGCAAGCCGAGAGUUCUUCUGAACUUGUCUAUGCCCUUUGGAUCACGUAUUCACGCCAUAUUCAUGCAUCGAGGCAGAAUUUAGGUGCCGCUUCUCCUCUGCUCUCGGGAGUUGCAACUCCUCUCCACCAACCAUCACCUGGACAGACAGAAAUCGCUACCCCUAUGGAGAUGGAAUCUUCAGACGAAGAGACGAGGGCCCAUGCAUCUUUACUUACCUCCCAACUCAAAGCUGUAGUCAAAAAGACAGCUGCUAAGCUCACAGGACGUGAUACGCCUACGCGUGCCGAAGAGAAGAAGGAAGUAGUUCCCGCCAUUGUUGAACCCGAACACAAGAAAACAAUUGAUGACUUUGUCAUUCUCGAAGAAAUGGGACAAGGCGCCUACGGUCAAGUUAAACUCGCUCGAUACAAGAAAAAUGGUAACAAGAAGAUGGUUCUGAAAUAUGUCACUAAACGACGAAUCCUUGUCGAUACCUGGACGCGAGAUCGGCGACUUGGGACGGUGCCAUUGGAAAUUCACGUCCUUGACUAUUUUCGAAGAGAUGGGCUGAAGCAUCCAAACAUUGUUGAGAUGGCAGAUUUCUUCGAGGAUGAUGUCAACUACUAUAUUGAGAUGAUACCGCAUGGCCUCCCUGGCAUGGAUCUCUUUGACUACAUUGAGCUCCGAGUCAAUAUGGAAGAGAAUGAGUGCAGGAGUAUCUUUGUUCAAGUUGCUAGGGCUAUUCACCAUCUUCACACCAAGGCGUUAGUGGUGCAUCGAGAUAUCAAGGACGAAAAUGUGGUGUUGGAUGGUGAGGGUAACAUCAAGCUUAUCGACUUUGGGAGCGCUGCGUACAUCAAGAAUGGUCCUUUUGAUGUCUUCGUGGGCACUAUUGAUUACGCGGCUCCUGAAGUCCUAGCAGGGAAGCCUUAUCGUGGUAAGGAGCAAGAUGUCUGGGCACUCGGCAUCCUUCUCUACACGAUCGUCUAUAAGGAAAAUCCAUUUUACAGUAUCGACGAAAUCAUGGACCGUGAUCUUCGGGUUCCAUAUGUCAUGAGCGAAGACAGCAUCGACCUUAUCCGUGCAAUGCUCGACCGAGACGUGGAAUCUAGAGUCACUAUCGAGAAAGUGCUCGAGCAUCCUUGGUGUAUGGCGAUUGAGGAGGAGUGA